AUGAUGUCGAGGUCGUACACCAACCUCCUCGACCUCGCCGCGGGGAACUUCGCGGCGCUGGGCCCGUCCGGCGGCGGGAGGCGGCGGUCGGGGUCGUUCGGGAUGAAGCGGAUGCCCCGGGUCAUGACGGUGCCCGGGCCGCUGUCCGACCUGGACGACGACGACGACGAGCAGGCGGCGACCAGCAGCGUCGCCUCCGACGUGCCCUCGUCGGCCGUCGGGGAGCGCCUCAUCGUGGUGGCCAACCAGCUCCCCGUCGUCGCGCGCCGCCGCGCCGACGGCCGCGGCUGGGUCUUCUCCUGGGACGAGGACUCGCUCCUCCUCAGGCUCCGCGACGGCGUCCCCGACGAGAUGGAGGUGUUCUUCGUCGGCUCGCUCCGCGCCGACGUGCCGCCUGCCGAGCAGGACGAGGUCUCGCAGACCCUCAUCGACGGCUUCCGCUGCGCCCCCGUGUUCCUGUCGCCCGAACUCAACGAGCGGUUCUACCACCACUUCUGCAAGGGGUACCUCUGGCCGCUGUUCCACUACAUGCUCCCCUUCGCCGCCCAGUUGUCCCCGGCGACGGAGGCGGCCCCAUCCAGCGAUGGGGGCAGGUUUGACCGCAGCGCCUGGGAGGCGUAUGUGCUCGCGAACAAGCACUUCUACGAGAAGGUGGUCGAGGUCAUCAACCCGGAGGACGACUACAUCUGGGUCCACGAUUACCAUCUCAUGGCGCUGCCCACCUUCCUCCGGCGCCGAUUUAACCGCCUCAGGAUCGGCUUCUUCCUGCACAGCCCAUUUCCCUCAUCGGAGAUCUACCGCACCCUCCCUGUCAGAGAGGAGGUUCUAAGGACAUUGCUCAAUUGUGAUCUCAUCGGGUUUCACACCUUUGAUUAUGCCAGGCACUUCCUUUCUUGCUGCAGUAGGAUGCUUGGUCUUGAGUACCAGUCAAAGCGAGGAUACAUUGGAUUGGAGUAUUUUGGCCGCACUGUUGGGAUCAAGAUCAUGCCUAUGGGAAUCCACAUGGGCCAGUUGCAGUCAGUGCUGCGAUUACCUGAGCAGGAGCAGAAGGUUGCUGAGCUGCGGCAGCGAUUCGAGGGGAAAUCUGUGUUGCUUGGUGUAGAUGAUACAGAUAUCUUUAAAGGGAUCAAUUUGAAGCUUCUUGCAUUUGAGACUAUGCUGAGGAUGCAUCCCAAGUGGCAGGGGAGGGCUGUGCUGGUGCAGAUAGCAAACCCUCCUCGUGGGAAGGGUAAGGAACUGGAGACCAUCCAGGCUGAGAUUAGGGUGACUUGUGAGAGGAUCAAUAGGGAUUUUGGCCAGACCGGAUACAGCCCUGUUGUCUUUAUUGAUCGGAACGUGCCAAGUGCAGAGAGGCUUGCAUAUUACACAAUAGCCGAGUGUGUGGUAGUUACGGCGGUGAGGGAUGGAAUGAACUUGACUCCUUACGAGUACAUUGUCUGCCGGCAGGGGAUACCUGGCUCAGAGUCUGCACCAGAGGUGAGUGGACCAAAGAAGAGCAUGCUUGUUGUGUCGGAGUUCAUUGGGUGCUCGCCUUCGUUGAGUGGCGCUAUUCGUAUUAACCCAUGGAAUAUAGAAACAACUGCUGAGGCAUUGAAUGAGGCCAUCUCGGUGUCAGAACAAGAAAAGCAGCUGAGGCACGGAAAACAUUACCGCUAUGUCAGCACCCAUGAUGUUUCAUAUUGGUCAAGAAGCUUUGUCCAGGAUCUGGAGAGGGCCUGCAAGGACCACUUUCGGAAGCCAUGCUGGGGCAUUGGAUUGGGGUUUGGAUUUAGGGUGGUGGCCCUAGAUCCACAUUUCUCAAAGCUUAACUUGGAUACAAUCGUCAUGUCUUAUGAGAAAGCAAAGAGUAGGGCUAUAUUGCUUGAUUAUGAUGGUACAUUGGUACCACAGGCUUCAAUCAACAAGGAACCAAGUGCAGAAAUAGUGAGCAUCAUCAAUACCCUAUGUUCAGAUAGCAAUAACAUUGUUUCCAUUGUCAGUGGGAGAAGUAGGGAUAGCUUGGGACCAAUGUUUGCUUCAUGCCCAAAGCUAGGACUUGCAGCAGAACACGGUUACUUCUUAAGGUGGACAAGAGAUGAAGAGUGGCAAACAAUCACACGUACCUCAGAUUUUGGAUGGAUGCAAAUGGCUGAGCCGGUGAUGAACCUUUAUACGGAAGCAACAGAUGGGUCCUACAUUGAGACCAAAGAAACUGCAUUGGUGUGGCAUCACCAGGAUGCUGACCCCGGCUUUGGAUCUUCCCAGGCAAAGGAGAUGCUUGAUCACCUGGAAAGUGUACUAGCAAAUGAACCAGUUGCAGUCAAGAGUGGACAGUUCAUCGUCGAAGUAAAACCUCAGGGUGUCAGCAAAGGUCUUGUAGCUGAGAAGAUACUCACAUUGAUGAAGGAGAAAGGGCGGCAGGCAGAUUUUGUUUUAUGCAUUGGUGAUGACAGGUCAGAUGAGGAUAUGUUUGAAAAUAUUGCUGAUGUCAUGAAGAGAAACAUUGUUGCUCCGAAAACACCACUGUUUGCAUGUACAGUGGGGCAGAAACCAAGCAAAGCCAGGUUCUAUCUGGAUGAUACAUUCGAAGUAGUCAACAUGCUGAGCUCACUAGCAGAUGCUUCAGAUCCUGACCCUAUAAUAGAGUUAGAAGAUGACUUGGCUACAUCUGUCUCAUCGAUAGAUAUCAGUGAUGAACCACCAAAGCUUGGUAAUAGAAGAGAUGAAGGAUCUUAGGCUCUUGAGCUCGAACUUCAAAAACCUACAUGUUAUGAUGAUUGGCUCGCACAAGUUUUUCUGUUGGUUGAAUCUGAAGUCGUGGAACAGAGAAUGAAGACUGGCAGCAGAGCUAAAGAUGUAUUACAUGACAUGUCAACAAGCUAACUGAUUCAUUAUAUAGAUGAUAGCCUUUUUCUCCAGGUGGACAAGAGUCUACCUGCAUUCCUAAUUCUGCAGUCUGGAGAGGGAUUUAAGAGUGCUAGUUUCAAAUAGCCUCGUUCUGCACUUGGUUUGGGCAUCACAAUCAGUUGGUGCCGAGGAGAUUCAUCUGUCCAUAGCUGACACCUUAUGUUCUUGCAAGUUUCAGCGCUUCUUUUUUCCCUGCAUUAUCAUCUUCAUUGGAAUCUGAAAUGUAAUAUCCGCAUUGUUGCUGAAAUGUAAUCCACGUUAGUAAGGGAGCAAGGCUGAUGAAAUCCAUUGGUUGGAGCCUGUGGAAGGACACAUGUCACUACAUGUGGUUCGGUGUUUGCUGACUUUGUUAACAGCUAGAUUGCCUAGUCAGGAAAAACACGUGAUUUGCUCGUUUUGAAUUGUAAUAGUGGGGCAAUGUGAGGGAUGUUGCUUGAUUCCUCAUUUGAUGACCUAAUAUAUAUAUUUAUAUAUAUAUCAUCAUUAUUUA